GCUCACACCUUCGAUGACUUUACACGAGUCACUCCGCUUCUAACCUUACAUUCAGGUGAAUCCUCUCCUUGACUGAGUCGUUUCACGCGUGGCUGCUGUGCUUCCUGGUUUAAGAACUUAUUUUUUUAAAAGUGAAAAGGAGAAUCGAAAUGAGCAUUCAGGGACAGGACCAGGUGGAGAAGAAGUACGACCCACAUGACGCCACCAUGAAGUUUGUAACAAGGAGGAAUGACUUGGAUCCAACAUGUGACAGUGACGAUGACGAUCUCAAGGCGGAGAUGUCCUGCGGCCACGCCGUCACUCCUGACACUCUGACCAUGUGGUGUCGCAGCAAACUGGACGAGGGUAUUUAUAAAUUCAGAUGUCCUGCAUUGGUGGAGGGGAACAAGAUGUGCAAUAAACCGUUGUCGUACCAAGAGGUGCGCAGGCUGGCCGAUUUGUCUACUGAGGAAAUGCAGUACUUUGAAGACACUAUAGCUCGCCUGGCUGCUGCAGAAUACAGUGAUAUUCAGACAUGCCCGUGGUGUAAAACAAGUGUGGAGAGAACGGAUCUCUCCAACCUGUGCGUCCGGUGCACCGUCUGCACGGCGGACCAGAAGAAGGCCCGGCUAUUCUGCUGGCAGUGUCGGAGGGAGUGGAAAGGUCCGGGCCCUCGAUCGGACCGCUGCGACAACGACGACUGCAUCAACGGCGACCUGCAGCUUCUGCAGACCUGCGCCACCGUCAGUCUGCCCGACGUGAAGGGGGUCACCAGCUGCCCCUCCGUCCGAGUCUGUCCCACAUGCGGCAUGAAGGUGGAGCAUAACCGGCAAUACUGCAAAAAUAUCAAGUGCCCCCGCUGUCAUGUUGAGUUUUGUUUCGUCUGCCUCAAACUAAAGCGAGAAUGUAUCAAGACCAGUUCCCCGUACGAGAUGUGUCCGAGUGGUGUGGCUCCUAGACAGACCUCUAUCCCUGUGUGGCAAAAGAAAUGAAAAACAAACAGAUGUCUGGAUGAACAAUUUGAGUUGAAUUGAACCAGCUUAUUAUGUAUACACAUUUGAAAAAUACUCAAGCUCCAGAAUGAAUUGAACAUUUUCUGUCUCCUCCUGAAUGAACCAACUAUGUUUUAUUUCCCUGGGAAUGCCAAUCACUUUGAAGCUAUAACAAGAGCAAAUGAGUAGUUAGAUUUUUGAAUGCAUUUAAAAACAUUGUGUUUUUGAUCCCAUUUGUCUAUCCAUGACACCGCUGCGUGGAGAAAGGAGAAGGUGAUGAAUUUCUUUCGGCCAUGGUGCUAGAUCUAAUCAAACAUCUGUUGUAAGCACCUUGAGUUAGCCGUCGAGUCUGUGACUUUCUUAUGUCUCCAACUCUUUAACAUUUAACAAAAUCAAGAUGUUAACCCUGUCAAUGUAUAAAUAUAAGAAGAAGCUUAGCACGGUCUGUCCAUGUAUAGCUGUUGUUAAACUUCUUCCUUGCAAGAAAUAAACGGGAAAUACAACUUUGAUUCACAAGCGAUUUUAUAACUGAUUUCCGAUUGCAUGAGAAAAUCUUCCACAAUAAAUAUUACUCAA